AACCAAUAUUUAUUAUCUUCAGAUCAAAUAUGUUUGCUUGAGUCAUCAUGGGUGACCAUGAUAACACUGGGAUGCGGGAAAUGAGUCAGGAAAAGAGUGGAAUGCGGGAAAUAAAGUCUGAAAAAAGCGGAAUGCGGGAGAUGAGCCAAGAAAAGAUCGGAAUGCGGGAAAUUAAACCUGAAAAGGGUGGAAUGCGGGAAAUGAAUCAGGAAAAAAGCAAAAUGCGGGAAACAAAUCAAGAAAAUAUUGGAAUACUUGAGUUGGAUCUCGAGUUUUUAGAUCUUAACUCUUCUCUCCAUCCACUAGAUAAUGCAGACAAAUCUAUACUAGACGCUGUAGUUAAACCACCACCUAUACCCCUCCCAGGGGAUUGCCGAGUCUGGAUAACUCCUGCAAGAUCUCCUGAUUGUGAGUUUGGUGAUGCUACAGCCAUGUUUAAAUCUCUUCAACUUAAUCCUAACGCAGCUGUUUUUCAGAUUCCCUCUUCAGAUAAACCUGGAAAAAAGUUGAACGCAGCCUCUGCACCCUUCAUUCCUCAUAUACCGAUCCCAUCACAACAUCAGCACGCCCAAACCAUUCACAUCAAUAAUCUAACAACAAACCUAAAUUAUGUUCUCAAUUCAGAUAAUCAGAGUGUGAAGAUGCCUCUAAAUAGCAUGGAGAGUGGGACUGGACAGGCUAUGCCGAUACCGUUUACAGUAUCCGGUUCAUACCCCGGAUACAUUCAUCCUUUCCAACAAUCCCAGGGAUAUAAAGCUGCCGGGUAUCAGUCUCCAGUUGUUGUCUGUCAAGACAUAACUCAACAACAGCAGUUUUUUCGCCCAGUGUUUGAUAAAAGAGACCAAACAGUAGAUUUUAAGGCAUGUGAAGCAGAUCUUGCCUUUGGUUCUCAUCCUCCAGUAGUUUCAGUGAAAGGAAAACUGUAUGAUGAUGAUGAUGUGAACGAGACUCCAGCACCAGUAAUUAAAACUUCCUCCAACUUCACCGCCAUCAGCUCCCAAGAGUCAGGGAAAAAGGAUCAGGGUCCUGAUACAUCUGCUCAGAGUGCCCAGAAGUCCUCAGUAAAUAUAAAUGCACAGUCUGAGCAAAAUUUAAUCUACUCCUCAGUUCCUGUGUCUGUCUUAUCCAGACCUACCCCUACCCAACCCUAUCAUCUUCAGCCAACCAACCAACCUUAUCCUCAGCCAACUAAUCAACCCUAUCCUCCUCAGCUAAUCAGUCAGCCCUAUACUCAGGCUAGUCAGCCUUAUCCUUCCCAACUGGUUAAUCUGUCCUAUCCUACCUCUACCUAUCCUUCCAUACCUCAGGGUAAACAAUCCUUUAACCCUUCUAUCAACUCUUUCCCGUCCCAGAGCCAGUCUACUACCUCCUACACUCCGCAGGCUCCCACACAAUCCUCCUACUCCCCCCAGACACCCAUACACUCGUAUUCCAUUCAGCAAUCAACUAACCCUGCCUUCCAGUCUGGAAGCCUGCCAAUUAGUGCAGCUGUGCACACACCCCAGCGAACACAACCAAUUCAAAGUUAUCCGCCCAACCAAGGAUACUCAGUUGCUCAAGCCAGUCCUGGGGGUUUAGCAGUUCAAAACAACUCUAACACAACUGGAAUUCAAGGAUAUCCCACCACAGUUAAUAAGUUAUAUGCUGGUCAACAUCCAGCAUCUGCACCUCCUGCUCCACAACACACCAAUCACCACCAGUCCCAGGCACCUUAUGUCAGUCAGCAGGGAGAAUAUUCUGACGAAGCUCAUCUCAGUAGACAUGGACACCAGGGCCAAAAUGUUCAUGCUUCCAGUCAUAUACAAGGGCCUCACAUCCAUGUACAACAGGGGCCUCCCAAUCAUAUACAACAGGGUCCUUCUAGCCAUGUACAACAGGUGCCCAGUCAUGUACAACAGCAGGGUUCUGGAAACAGUAAAAUGCUGCAGAGCGGAGUGCAGCAAGGUCCAUCAAAUAAUGCGCAAAUGGGUUCUACAAGCCAAAUACCACAAGGUAAUUUUAGCCAGGCCCAGCAAGGCCAGACAAUUCCUCAGCAGCAGGCUAAUCAAGGUCAGAUCACUGUCCAGCCCAAGUCUGCUAACACUCAGCAGAACUAUUCUACUCCCUCUGCACCCACUAGUAGUGAGGCUAGACCUCUUUCUGUCGAUCAGAAUGUUGCUUCUAGUUCAGGUGGAGAAACAAGGUCGCUCAAACAUGAUAGCCAUGGUGUCCAUCUGGUUGAUGGACAAGAGCAGAGAAGUAGACCUGCUGUUCCACAACCUGGAUCAGAAACUAACAAAGCUGUUCCAGGCUUUUCAGCUUCAUCUAACCAAACCCAUCAGGCUGACCUACAAGCUGGUAAACCUGCAACUUUGCAGACCCAAACUUCUCAACUUGAACCUGAACCUGUAAAACCUUCUGCAAGCUCUGAGGUUGAUUCUGUAGAAGGUGGCGGGCAGAGAGAGGAGGAAGUUGGUGCCCAUGUUGGUGGAAGUUGGGCUAGUCUCUUUAAGAACUCUGCUGCACCUGUACAGUCCACUGAGAAACCUACUGCUCGUAUUUCUCCUUUCACAGCAUCAGAACCAUUAGCUCCAGGUGCUGUAUCAGAACCAGCAGAGGCAGGAGACAGGAAAUCGAAGGAACUCGGGAAGUUUCUGUUAGACUACAGAUUGAGUCACUAUGCGCCUGCACUAAUGCCCCGUGGAUUAUCUAACCGAUCCAACUGGUGCUUUGUAAAUGCCAUCCUUCAGGCUCUACUGGCUUGUCCUCCAUUCUAUAACCUGUUUAAGAAUAUACCCCUCGUCUCCGGUCUUAAAUCAGGUAAACCCGUGUCUCCGAUGCUUGAAUGCUUGAUUGAUUUCAUCCAUGAGUUCCACCCCCUGGAGACCAUAUCUAAGCCUCAAAAGAGAGAGAAGGGAAGGAAGAAAGAAGAAAUUAGGAUUGGAUCAAGUCUUGAACCAAGCUACGUUUACAAGAUGCUUUUAAACCUGUCUUCUGACACUUUCAAGGUUGUUGAGGGAAGGCAAGAAGACGCCGAGGAAUUUUUAACUUGUUUACUCAACGGAACAUCGGACGAGAUGCAGACCCUUAUUAAACAAGUUGUACAGGAGAAGAAAGUCAAUGAGAAGAAGGAUGAUGAGGAUGAAGGAGAGGGUGAUGGGGACUGGAAGGAGGUGGAUUCUAGGGGUAAAAGCUGUAUCACAAGACGUAUUGCAUCUGACACUACUGCUCCAGUUACCCCUAUCCAAGCUAUGAUUUCUAAUGUAUUUAGACGUAUUGCAUCUGACACUACUGCUCCAGUCACCCCUAUACAAGCUAUGAUUUCUAAUAUAUUUAGACGUAUUGCAUCUGACACUACUGCUCUAGUCGCCCCUAUCCAAGCUAUGAUUUCUAAUGUAUUAAGACGUAUUGCAUCUAACAUUUGUUUCCCUUUUACCCCUAUCCUAGCUAUGAUUUCGGUGUUAAGAACUGUAACAAUUUCCCUAGUGGCAUCUUACCAAAGGUUUGCUAUGAUUUCUAAUAUAACUAGACGUAUUGCAUCUGACACUACUGCUCCAGUCACCCCUAUCCAAGUUAUGAUUUCUAAUGUAUCUAGACGUAUUGCAUCUGACACUACUGCUCCAGUUACCCCUAUCCAAGCUAUGAUUUCUAAUGCGCUAGUUCAAAAUUUUGAUUCUGAAGAUAUUGAUGGAUACAUUUGCCAGAAAACUAAACAGGUUGUAGAGGCGUCCCGAUCUCUGAGCUUAGAAGAGCUUCCUCCUAUUCUUAUUCUCCACAUGAAAAGGUUUGUUUACGACGGCAGUACAGGUGGUGUACAGAAGGUGAUGAAACCCGUGGAUUUUUCCGUCGAUCUAGAAAUCCCUAAGAGUGUACUGUCGAAUGAGGCGCGACCUAAAUACAACACCAAACAGCGACAAUAUAAACUAUUUGCUGUCGUCUACCACACAGGGCGCGAAGCGACCAAAGGUCAUUAUGUGACUGAUGUUUAUCACACUGGGUAUGGAACAUGGUUGCAUUGCGAUGACAGCGCCAUUACUGAGACAUCGGAGCAAUCUGUAAUCACUCCGGCUCAAACUUCAACCCCAUAUAUUCUUUUUUACAGGCGAUGUGACACUAUGGUGGGCCUGGAUAAAACAGCUGACAAGAAAUAAAAUGUCGAAUGAAAUUCUGCGCUUAAAGAAAAAAUGUUUAGUUCCACUCUAGCAUUUAUUUUUUCAUAAUGCUUAAAGGGGUUCUUAAUACCUAAAAUAUUCCAUGUUAUUUUCAUAUUUUUCAGUUCAGAGGUCGAAUUUAAAGAUGGUUCCACUUAAAAUUGUAUUCAUUGUUUCCACAUUUGAGCGGCUGCUCAAUUGGAACCGGUUUUUGGCGGUUCAGUGACGUGGUUUGAAUUCUUAAAAUUUGGCCUCAGCUCAAAAUAUUU